CGCGUGUUAAAAUGUUUCAAAUUAUUGUUAUAAAUAGAAUCAAGUGGGAUUUUACUCGCUGUAUUAUGGUGAAGCGCUUAAUGUCGUCUUUGCGUGCUCCCGGCGUUGAAGAGAUUGAGGCUGCCAAAGCCCUCCUGGCGUUAAAGUUUUACGGUAGACCUGUAAUGGACCAAACAAGUGACGGCUCUCAACCUGAAGCGAGUACUAGUGACUACAGCACUAGCUCUAAUGAGUCGCAAACGGGGGCGUGUGGUGUUAGAGCAACUUCGUCACCUGACGAUGCCAGUACUACGACCAUUGUGUGGCUUCCUGACGGUGGAUUCAUCGUCAGGAAAUCUAAACCAAAAGUUAAUGCAAAUCGUAACGUUGAGACUCCCACUAAAAACGAAUGUCAGCUUCCUGUAGUACAGUUGUCGUCCAGGGUGGUUAUCACCCAGGGCCCCAGGGCUUGGCGACGAGUACUGACGGAAGCAACACAGAAAAAGCUGCGUUACGAAAACAGCGUGAACCGGCAAGUUGGUAGCCCUGCCCAGACAAGGGUCCAGCGCAGCCGGCGGGUCAAGACCUCCAGUAGCAGUGUGGGCGCCGACGAUAGCAACUUUAGAGUGGAAGAAGCGGAGCAGAAUGUAGAGUUAACUGAUUCUUCUUCGAAUGAUGGCCCAUCAUCUGUUGUUGCUAAAAAUAUGGUGCCCAUUGGGAAUGGGAAUGCUUUGGUGUCGUCCCAGCUACUGAAUAAUUUAAACUGGGGGUCUUACAAAACUGCAACUCGAAAAUUAUUAGCCGCAGUAUUUUCACGCAGAGUCUUAGCCACACACUCAUUAACUGGGAAAAGGUCGCCAGCAUUUCCCAAUAAGCCAGCUAAGAAAAAACUUAAUGCUGCGCUUAUUAAUGAUAUAGUGUCUACAGUUGUGGAGCGGUGUAAAACGUGUGAAAGUCUGGUGAGGACAUGUAUAACUACCAAGUGCGCGGACGAAAGUAAGAUGUUGCGCAAUCGCAUACAGAAGAAAAAACGUUUAAAGAAGGAGAACAUUCGUCCGCGCACUUCUACUUCUGUCGACUCGGAAACUCCUGAAGAAUAAAUUAAAAAAUCUAAAAAGGAAGAGAAAAAUGAAACCUCUAAGAUGAAGUGCUUUUACCAACAGUCCGUGAAAUAGACGCCAAUGGAAAUGGCGUCAAGGCAUGGUAGCACGGUUAACAACGUCGUCCAGACAGAACGUUGAAAGGUUGCGGAGAAUUUUGUAAGGUGACGGCUCUCAACCUGAAGCGAGUACUAGUGACUACAGCACUAGCUGUAAUGAGUCGCAAACGGGGGCGUGUGGUGUUAGAGCAACUGGUGGUUAUCACCCAGGGCCCCGAUGCGGCGGCUUGGCAACGAGUACUGACGGAAGCAUCGCAGAAAAAGGCACGUUACGAUCGCGUUAAGAAGAGCACGGACCGGCAAGUUGAUAGUCCUACCCAAACAAGGGUCCAGCGCAGCCGGUGUGUCAAGACCUCCAGUAGCGGUGUGGGCGCCGACGAUAGCGACUUCAGAGUAGAAGAAGCGGAGCAGGAUGUCGAGUUAUCGGACGAUGAUUCUUUUCUGAAUGAUGGGCCCGUUGUUGCUUAAAAUAUGGACAAGUAUAACUACCAAGUGCGCCGACGAAAGUAAGAUGUUGCGCAAUGGCAUACAGAAGAAAAAACUUCCACUUCUGUCGACUCGGAAACUCCUGAAGAAUAAAUUAAAACAUCUAAAAAAAGUGAAAAAUGAAACCACUAAGAUGAACUGCUUUUCCCAACAGUCCGUGCAAAAGACCCCAAAAUGGCGUCUAGGCAUGGUGGCACGGCUAACAACGUCGUCCAGACUGUGAUAGAACGUUGUAAGGUUGCGGAAAAUUUCGUAAGAUGCGUUAUUUUUGCUCACUAUACAUAUAAGGGUACAUCUUCUUACACUGAAAGUCAAUGUCAUUACCGUGAACGCAAAAAAAACCUACAAUAUUUUAUCUAUUUGCAAAUAUGCGGUUAGAACGUCAGCGAUAUAGGUACGUAGGUUCUUUCGUAUUAUAUUUGCAAAAAGAUAAAAGAUUUUGGGAUAUCUUUGCAACUUUGAGGGAUGAUUCAGUACAUGUAUCUGAGUUGAUAUCAAGUGCAAUUUUCCGUCGCAAAAGUAUAGAAAAAUAAUUAAAAAACCCCAAAAAUUGACAUGAAUUUUCGGACAGGAAAUUCAACUUGAUAUCAACUCAGAAUCGUGGUCUGAAUCAUCCUCCUCAGUAUUCGUUACGGUGUCACUAACACCCAUAUCUACUUGUAUGGCUGGCUACCUGUAUGUUAUGUACUCGUACGGGGUGUAAGUGUAGUAAAAAAGCCAUGAAUAAUAAUUCUGCGACGGAAAAUUCCACUGGAUAUUAACUCAGAAUCAUGGUCUGAAUCACCCCUUUAGUAUUCGUUACAAUGUCAUUAAGACCCUUAUUAAUUUAUGUUCUUUUUUCACAGGUCACGGUAAUCCAAUGAGCA